AUGCGUCAAACAAUACAUGAGUCUGCAAUUGAAGAAGAACAUGAAAUUCAAAGAGACUUGCUAUCAGCCUUUGAAGAGGAGUCUGUCCCUUUACGUCUCCAAAUUCCCAAUCAUGUCAUACCAGAUUUAUACAUUGCGAUUGACGAUGAAACGCAAAACUCCGAUUUAAGAACGUCAUAUGUUCAUGCACAUGGUAGUAGAUCAUCACAUAAAGUACCAAUGCGUCAAACAUUACAUGAUUCUGCAAUUGAAGAAGACCAUGCAAGUCAAAGAGACUUGCUAUCAGCUUUUGAAGAGGAAUCUAUCCCUUUACGGAUCCAAAUGCCCAACCAUGGCAUACCAGAUUUAAACAUAGCGAUUGACGAUGAAAUGCAUAACUUCGAUACCGGAACAUCCUCUGGUCAUGCGCAUGAAGAGUAUUGUGAUUUCGGUGAUGCAACCAAUAGUUGUAUCCAUUGUGGGGCGUUGUUUUGGUUCGAGGAAAGGAAGAAAAACUAUUCCAUUAAAGGUUCACCGAUGUUUUCAUUGUGCUGCAACAAUGGGAAGAUUAAGUUACAGGAGAAUACGUUGCCACCUGAAGGUAUAUUUGAUCUAUUUUUCGGCACUGAUGAAUUAUCAAAAAAAUUCCUACAGAACAUUAGAACAUACAACAACAUGUUCUGCUUCACAUCAAUGGGCGGAAAAAUAGACAAGAGCUUGAACAAGGGAGGAGCACCACCUGUUUUCAGAUUAAGUGGACAAAACUAUCACUUAAUGGGUAGUCUCCUACCAGAAGACGGUAAAGAACCACAUUUUGCUCAGUUGUACAUAUACGAUACGACAAAUGAAAAGAACAACCGUAUAAAUGCUGUGAGGGGUAGAGCUGAUCAAGAUGACAUUCAUGUAGAAAUAGUGAAUGUGCUUCAGAAGGAGCUGGAUCAAAAUAAUGUUUUGGUUAAGUCAUUUCGGAUGGCUAGAUCUGAGCUUGAUAGUAACUCAUGCGCUGAAGUCAAAAUAAAGUUAUUGGGGAAACGCACUAAAGAUGCAAGGACAUACAAUCUGCCUCAAGUGUCCGAAGUAGCAGCUUUAAUAGUUGGAGAUCUGGAUACCAGUAUUGGUGAGCGUGAUAUUGUUGUUCAAGCUAAUGGUGGGCAAUUGCAAAGAAUUAGUGAAUUAAAUCCUUCAUAUAUACCUCCCACUACAAUACCCCCUGUUGUUUCCAUAUGCAAUCGUUCAGCUGGUGGUAGACAGAGGAUUAGCCCCAGGGAUUAUUUUUGCUAUCGAUUACAGACAAGAGAUUCUGCUCCCAGUACAUUGCUAUUUGCAAAGCGCCUGUUCCAACAGUUUGUGGUAGAUGGAUACACGAUGGUGGAGUCCGGAAGACUCAUUUAUAUCAGGACACAUCAAAAAAGCUUAAGAUGUGAAUCAUACAGUGGGUUGACUGACGCUUUAACAAGGGGUAAAGUCAACCCUGCAGCACAAGGUCGAAGAAUAAUACUCCCUUCAAGUUUCACAGGUGGUGCCCGGUACAUGAUACAAAACUAUCAAGAUGCCAUGGCAAUAUGUAGAUGGAUUGGUUAUCCCGAUUUAUUUAUAACAUUUACAUGCAAUCCAAAGUGGCCUGAGGUACAACGUUUUCUAAAAGAUCGCAGGUUGAAAGCCGAAGACCGACCUGACAUCAUCUGCCGUUUGUUCAAGAUGAAGUUGGAUUCCUUGCUAGCUGAUUGUCGAAAGAAUAAACUUUUUGGCUCUGUGGCCGGAGUUAUAUAUACAAUUGAGUUCCAAAAGCGAGGUCUUCCGCAUGCUCAUAUAUUGAUUAUUUUGAAAAUGAAUAAGGACGUUAGUGAAGUUGUUACUCUAGAUAAGAUAAUUUUUGCAGAGAUACCAGAUGAAAAGACAGAUGUACAAUAUUACAAAGCGGUAGAGGAAUUUAUGAUGCAUGGGUCAUGUCGAAAAGCAAGGACCAAUUCUCCCUGUAUGGUAAAUGCACGAUGCUCAAAACAUUUUCCUAAGAGAUUUGUUGAGAGUUCUACAUUUGAUGCCGAUGGUUACCCGGUAUAUAGAAGGAGAGACAACGGCAAUAUAGUUACAAAAAACGGGAUCGCGUUGGACAACAGGUAUGUUGUACCACACAAUAGACAUUUAUUGCUUAAGUAUAAGGCUCAUAUAAAUGUCGAGUGGUGCAACCAGUCACGCUCAAUCAAUUACCUGUUCAAGUACGUUAACAAGGGUCAUGACAGAGUACCUGCAGAAUUCUACAAGACAACCAGUGAUGAAGAGAAGGGGAAAGCCAUAGAUGAGAUCAAUAUGUACUACGACUGUAGGUACAUAUCACCAUGUGAAGCAAUAUGGCGUUUGUUUGGUUUUGAUAUACAGCUUAGGGCUCCUUCAGUUGAAAGGUUAAGCUUUCACCUUCCAAAUCAACAGAGUGUGAUAUUUUUAGAUGAUGAUCCUGUUGAAAACAUUAAGAAAGAUGUCCGAAAAUGGCAGCCAAGGAAAAAAGGAUUCUCAAUUAGUCGGAUAUUUUAUGUUCCCCCAGCUACUGGCGAAAUAUUUUAUUUGAGGUGUCUGUUGAAUAAAAUACGUGGACCUACAAGUUAUGAAGAUAUCAGGACUGUAAAUGGUGUCCACUAUAACUCAUUUCGAGACGCGUGUUAUGCCAGAGGUUUAGUUGAUGAUGAUAACGAAUAUGUUGAUGCAAUAUAUGAAGCCAGUCAUUGGGCGUCAGCUGAUCAACUGAGGAGAUUAUUUGUUACAUUGCUAAUGAGCAGUUGCAUGGAUUUUGUGUUGACCGAUUCGCACAAGAUGAACUUUGCUUUAGUGGAGAUUGAAAAACUAUUAUCUAUUCAUGGGAAGAGUUUGAAGGACUAUCCUGAAAUGCCUACUGCAAACUGUACUGCAUUAAAUAUUAUAUCAAACAGGUUUAUACAAGAGGAAUUAGCAUACGACUGUGUGGAACAAGAGAAAGAGAACCAGGAGUUGGUAAGGCAAUUAAUUGAUGAGCAAAAGGUCAUAUACAAUGAGGUGUUAACCGAUAUUGAUGGCCAGGCUGGAGGGUUAUUCUUCGUUUACGGUUACGGAGGUACUGGAAAGACGUUUUUGUGGCGUGCAUUGUCCUCCGCAUUAAGGUCUAAAAGAGAAAUAGUGUUAAAUGUUGCAUCCAGCGGUAUAGCGUCGCUUUUAUUACCAGGGGGCAGAACUACACAUUCUCGAUUUGCCAUACCGAUAUCUGUUAAUGAAGAUUCCACUUGCAACAUCAGUCACAGUAGUCAACUAGCAGAGCUUAUUGUGCAAAGCAAGUUGAUCAUAUGGGAUGAAGCUCCAAUGAUGCACAAAUUUUGUUUUGAGGCCCAAGAUCGAACUAUGAGGGAUUUGAUGCGUUUCAAAAAUCCAAGGAGCUAUGAUAUGACAUUCGGUGGUAAAACAGUUGUGCUAGGUGGGGAUUUCAGACAGAUUUUACCAGUCAUUCCGAAGGGUACAAGACAAGAUAUUGUCCGUGCAAGCAUUAGCUCCUCCUAUUUAUGGAAAUCCUGCAAAGUAUUGCGGCUGACUAAGAAUCUACGACUAAGAAGUGUACAAUCACAAAUAGAGUGUCGAGAGAUCGAGGACUUUGCAAAAUGGAUAGCUAAUAUAGGUGACGGAACGGUUGGUAUUCAAUUUGAUGGUGGGUCAGAUAUUACAGUUCCUGAACAUUUAUUGCUAGAGUGCGAGGAGGACCCUAUUGCCACAAUUGUUGAUAGCACCUUCCCGAAUUUUAGACAAGGGAUGGGUGAUCUGUCAUACCUCAAUGAUAGUGCAAUUUUGGCUCCAACAUUGGAUGUCGUAGAUAGCAUUAACCAAUACAUGAAUGACCAUAAUCCGGCUGAGGGAAAGACAUACUUGAGUUGUGAUUCAGUUUGUAAAUCAGAUUCAAAUGUUGAUAGGUUAGUAGAUUUGCACACUCCCGAAUUCUUGAAUGGCCUUAGAUGUUCUGGAGUACCAAAUCAUGCAUUGACAUUGAAAGUUGGGUCACCUGUUAUGCUCUUGAGAAAUAUUGAUCACACACUCGGAUUAUGUAACGGUACAAGGUUGAUUGUUACUAGGUUAGCUGAUCACGUGUUGGAAGGCAAGAUCAUGUGCGAUUUACUGCUCAAGAGGCAAUACAAUAGGAUAUCAACUAUGGCUGGAGAUCUACACUACUUCCGCUACUACGAUGUUAAGUGUCUCGUAGAUUCUACUCUGUAUGGUUAG